CAUGAUGUCAAGAAAGCAAGUACCGAAUGGAAACAGAAGCAAGCAAGAGAUAAACGCGUUUUAAGAGACAUGACAAACUCACCCACAGCAGGAAGAAAGCGUAAAAAUCAUGACACAAAUGCCAUGGGCAUUCCUUCAAAAAGGAUUAAAGUUGCAGCUAAUAAUGUAACUACCUCCGGGGCUGGUUCUAAUACGUUAUUUAUUUGUCAAGAAGAAGCACUUUCCCAUAUUCCACCGGUCCUCAGAUACUCAUCAUUUGCUUGCUCAUCAAGCA